AUGGUAGUUGGAAAUGUUGUUACGACGGAAGCUAUCCAGGAGGAUCAUCUUAUGCAGAUAGCUCGACAGUACUGGGCCCCUUAUGCGCCUCACGGUCGUACAUUUGAUCCAAAUUUAAUUGAUUCAAUUUACGAGAAUGAAUUAGUGCGAAGUUCUUUCAUGCAAAAAAAAGUUAUCGUGCUAGAAUUCAGUCAGUACCUCGAGCGUUAUCUGUGGCCGAAUUUUAAUGCAGAGAGAGCCAGUAAUCAGCAUGUUAUGUCCGUCGUAAUUAUGCUUAACGCAAAAUUUCGGGAAAGGAUUCCAGCUUGGCGUUGCAUCAUUGAUCGUUCGUCUCAGUUUCCGAUUUUCUUUCGAAGAAUUUUGCAUCUUGUACUGGAUGUUGAACAAGUUUCAUUAUUAGAACGAUCCGCAAUUAUUACAUUCCUCAUCAACUGCUUCAAUUCAGUAGAAGUGGAUUUGGUGAGAAAGGAGGUGAUGAAAAUAAUUUCACUUACAAUGUGGUCCAAUUUGCUUCCAACUCAAAGAGAAGAUCUCUUCCAAGCAAACCCAAAAUUGCGUAAGAUAUGGAAUAAGUUCGAAACAAAGGCAGAAUCAAAAACAGCUGAAGAAAAGGAAUUAUUAAAUUUUGAACGUACAUUUAUGUGGAAUUUGUUGCAAAUUUUCAAGCAAACGCUGGCAGAUGUUGAUGACGAAUCUAACGAAGUGGGAAUUGAUGGCAUACACUUUUUGGAACGCUGUUUGCAGUUAUUUAUUGAUUUGGAAGCUUUACUGACUACAAGGCGUUUCUUUAAUGCUAUAUUACAUGCAAGUAACAUAUUGGUAAAUUGUACACUAUCUUCAUUGAUAACAACAGAAGUUGGAGGGUUGUUUUGUCAGCUCGUCACAAUGUUGAGGUUUUAUUCACGUUUCGAGAUUGAUGAUGUCACCGGUGAGCCGCUUACUCAUAAUCAAAUGUCUGAAAUGCACUACACGCAUGUUAUGAAACUGCAGAAAGCUGCCUUCAAAUAUUUCAGAGAAAGUAUGUCCGAUUUUUAUUUGUUAAAUGUUACUGCCGUUGAUACAAGGAAAGCUUUGAUAAAGCAAUUUUCAUCAAUGAGUGAAUCUGAACUAUAUAAAUUUGCUGAAUAUCUGCAUUUGGUACCUUCACAAGAAUUCGAUUUAAAUGCUUCAUCGAGUUACGAAAAGAAUUAUCUUAUCGAAAUGAUUACAUCACGUUGUGAACGACGUAUCAAUCAGUUACAGCAGCUCAAUGAACAGCCGCUUUAUCCAACCGAAAAAGUUAUCUGGGAUGAAAAUCUUGUCCCGUACGACCAAUAUACGGGUGAAGGUGUGCUUGCAUUGAAUAAAUUAAACAUUCAAUUUUUGACAUUCCACGACUAUUUGCUUCGCAAUUUCAAUCUUUUUCAAAUGGAAUCAACAUAUGAAAUCCGCCAGGAUAUCGAGGAUGCAUUAUUUCGUUUGAAGCCAUGGGCACAUGAGUCUAAUCCAAAUGAAACUGUUUGGGGUGGAUGGGCACGAAUGGCUUUGCCGUUAGUCGAAUUUCAGAUUGUCGAAGUUGGUAAACCUCUUAUUGGUGAAAAAAGCCCAUCUGUUGUUAAAGCAGAUUUGACGAUCAAUUUACCGCGGCGCGCAGACAUUCGUGCGGAAUGGGAAGGCCUUCGAAAGCACGAUGUUUGUUUUUUGAUCCGUUGUCGACCGAAAGCUUCAGUUGGUACGAAAUACAAUAUUACAAAACCAUUCAAAGAGCAAAUCGAUGUUGCACUGGUACGUGGAUGUGAAAUCGAAGGCAUGCUUGAUUCGGAAGGAAAAGUUAUUGAGGAAUAUGCUGCGUAUGAGAAAAAGACGGUACUGGAAGGACUUACGAGAAAAUUUCGAGUAUGGCUUGAUGAAAAUCAGUAUCGCUUGGAUACGGAAGGAGAGGAAGAUGCGAUAAAUAAUAUUUAUUUUUCGUUCAAUUUACUCAUUCGUCGUGAUCCAAAAACAAAUAAUUUCAAAGCGGUACUUGCAACAAUCCGACAGUUACUGAAUACAGAAUUUGUAGUCCCGGAUUGGUUACAUGAUCUCAUUCUUGGCUAUGGUGAACCAAAUGCGGCCCAUUACAAAUCAAUGAAUACUGCGGUACCUACAGUGGAUUUCUGCGAUACUUUUUUGUCAUAUAAGCACUUGAUUUCAUCAUUUCCAAAUACGAAGAUUGUAGGAACAGCAACAAGUGAUGAAAAUCUUGUUCCACCUUUCAGGUUGACUUUUAAGGAACUAGAACCACAACAUGGUCUCGAACCGUCCGUACGCGAUACAUCGAUUGUUGUAGAACCGCACGUAAUACCUUGCCGUGGACCCUAUCCUCAUGUUGAACCACGCAAAAAUACUAUACAGUUUACUCCAGCACAGGUAGAAGCAAUCAAAGCAGGCAUGCAACCUGGUUUAACAAUGGUUGUUGGCCCUCCAGGUACAGGUAAAACAGAUGUAGCAGUUCAGAUAAUCUCUAAUAUUUAUCAUAAUUGGCCUGAACAGCGGACGCUAAUUGUGACACAUUCUAACCAGGCUCUUAAUCAACUUUUUGAGAAAAUUAUACAAUUGGAUGUUGAUGAACGCCAUUUGCUUCGAUUAGGUCAUGGUGAAGAAGCUUUGGAAACAGAAAAAGACUUCAGCAGGUAUGGCCGUGUAAAUUAUGUUCUUCAAAAACGGCUUGAUCUCCUGAAAGAGGUUGAAAAGUUGCAAGAAGCUCUCGAUGUUGGAGGUGACGUCUCAUAUACUUGCGAAACUGCUGGAUAUUUUUUCCUUUAUCAGGUAUUCGCGCGUUGGGAAAAAUUUGAAAGUGAUGUUGCUCAAUCGAAAACAAAUCCAAACCCGAGUGCGAAAGCAGUUGCUAAUCAUUUCCCCUUUACGAGAUAUUUUGUCGAUGUUCCAUCACCUCUAUUUAAGGGUGUUUCUUUUGAAGAAGAUUGGGAAAUUGCUCAAGGUUGUUGGAGGUAUAUUCGUAGUAUUUUUACUCAGCUGGAAGAAUUCAGGUCUUUCGAGUUGCUUCGUUCAGGCAGAGAUCGUACGGAUUAUCUUUUGGUGAAGGAAGCCAAAAUUAUUGCUAUGACUUGCACUCAUGCGGCUCUACGACGAAAAGAUUUGGUAGAACUUGGAUUCAGAUACGACAAUAUUUUGAUGGAAGAGGCUGCUCAAAUUCUUGAAGUUGAAACAUUUAUUCCACUUCUACUUCAGAACCCACAGGAUGGCAGGAGUAGAUUAAAGCGAUGGAUCAUGAUUGGUGAUCAUCAUCAGCUGCCACCGGUUGUUCAAAAUAUUGCUUUUCAAAAAUAUUCUAAUAUGGAACAGAGUUUGUUUGCGAGAUUUGUUCGACUUGGUGUUCCACAUAUCUUGCUUGAUCAGCAAGGCCGUGCUAGAGCUGAAAUAGCACAUCUUUAUAACUGGCGGUAUGAGCAGUUGGGUAACUUACCACACGUUGAAGCUCUUCCAGAGUUCCAGCGCGCAAAUUCUGGUUUCGCAUUUAAUUAUCAACUUAUCGACGUUCCGGACUUCAACGGUGUUGGCGAAACAACUCCGAGUCCAUACUUUUAUCAGAACCUCGGGGAAGCGGAAUAUGCUGUAGCUCUGUUCACGUAUAUGCGCAUUUUGGGUUAUCCUGCAGAAAAAAUAUCAAUUAUAACAACAUACAAUGGCCAAGCAUCAUUGUUGCGUGAUGUAGUGCAGACACGAUGUGCUGGAAAUCCUUUAAUUGGAAUACCACACAAGAUCUCAACAGUCGACAAAUAUCAAGGGCAACAGAAUGAUUACAUCAUUCUUUCACUUGUAAGGACGAGAAACAUAGGUCAUAUAAGGGAUGUUCGUCGUUUGGUUGUGGCUCUUUCUCGUGCACGUUUGGGCCUUUAUGUGGUGGGACGAGUCAAUUUGUUCCAAAAUUGCCUUGAGCUUGCAACUGCAUUUCAGCGACUAUGCAAAUAUCCACAGAAAUUGAUGAUAAUUCCUCAUGAAACAUAUUUAAUGAAUCGAAAGAAUGGUCAACCUCCGUCAUCUAAACCAAUUGAAAUCCAAGAUACUGUUCACAUGAGUACUUUCGUCCACCAGUUCUACUUGAGCAAUAUGGAACAAAUGAAGGAAAGUUAUAAAGCGCAUAUGAAGGAUUAUUUCGAUGCUCGUCAGGCCGCAAUUAAUGCACGGUUAGCAGCUGAAGCAGCAGAGAAAGCACUUGAGGAGGCAAAAACUGAAGAAGAAAAGGGAGUUCCAGAACCGAUCACAAUGGAAACAGAAGAAGCUGAUAUCACAUUCGAAAGUAUGGACUUUGAAAGACAAGAUCCAGAAAAGCUAGGAAAGUAG